AUGGGGGAAUCCGACCCUCUUCUUUUGAAAAAUACAGGGAAAAGCCGACACGUGAAGUUGCAAGCUCUGUGGAAGAUAUUUAUCACAGCACUUGCCGUUACAAUUACCCUUCUAUGGUGGCUUAGGCAAAUAAAUGGGUGCAAUAAAAUUAGCUACCCACCACUUCCCAAGAUACCGGCACAUGUGCCAUAUUUGAAAGGGGCAACGUUCAAUCCAGAUGAGAAUUUGACCAUUGUGGCAAAGCACGGUGCUGUUGCAUCGGAUAUAGAGAAAUGCUCACAGAUGGGUGUGGAAAUAUUGAAGAAAGGAGGAUUUGCAGCUGAUGCAGCCGUUACAACUUGUCUUUGUAUCGGCACUGUAGAUACGAUGUACUCAUCAGGAAUUGGUGGAGGGGCAUUCAUUACUACCAAGCUUGCAAAUGAAACAGGAGCACUUUCAAUAGAUGCUAGAGAAAUGGCACCUGGUGCAGCUUAUCGUGACAUGUUUAAGGGACGAGAGAUAGCAUCCAAAUAUGGUGGACUUGCGGUGGCUAUACCAGGGGAGCUUCGAGGAUUGUACACGCUCUACAAAUCUCAUGGUUCAGGAAACCUCUCUUGGUCAAAGUUAGUUUCCCCCGUUGCAGAACUUGCGAGAAGUGGCUGGAAUGCAACACAAUUGCUCCCAGGUGCUCUCAGCUCACAGACAGAAGCCCUCAAAUUAUACAGAAAGGACUGGGAUUUUGUAUAUAACAAGGAUGGAUCGUUGAAAAAGGCGGGUGACUUUGUCUCAAGGCCAGAACUUGCAGACACUUUUGACAUGAUUGCAAAGAACGGCUCGGAUGCGAUUUUCUACGAUCCCAAAGGGCCCAUAGCACCAUUCUUGGCGGAAAAAGUUCGUCAAUAUGGUGGAAUUUUGACUGCCGAAGAUUUUGCGCGCUAUAAAGUUGUGGUUGAACCUGCGUUACAAUUUCACGGCUUCUCUGAGAGGAACCUAACUAUUUAUUCACCAGCCGGUUCCUCUUCAGGUGUGGCAUUGUUAGCUGCAAUUGAAGUAUUUAACGGCUUGAAAAACGACUGUGAUCAAACUGAUUUUACUCCUGUUGCCACACAAAGGUUGGUAGAAUCAAUGAAGUGGUUGGCAAGUGUGCGGACACACCUUGGUGAUAUUGGUGUGUAUAACAUGAACAAGACGGCACGCGAAGACCAUACCUAUAGAUACCAGCAAUUUCUUAAGCCGGAAUGGGCCGAGCACACCAGAAAAAAAAUACACGAUGAUAGAACUUUGGACUCAUGGAAAGAAUAUCAACCGGCCUAUCAACCCAACGAGUCUCAUGGCACCUCAUCAUUAAGUGUUGUAGAUCAAUGGGGGAAUGCAGUGUCAAUAACGACCACUGUAAAUCUUUUGUUUGGGUCGAUGGUUCAUGAUCCGGUUACAGGUGUUAUAAUGAAUGAUGAAAUGGAUGAUUUUUCCGUCCCAACUACAAAAAAUGCGUUUGAAUUGAGGCCAUCCAUCUUCAAUUACAUUGAACCAUAUAAAAGACCACUUUCAUCGUGCUCACAGUCUCUUGUAGUUGAUCCAAAGACAGGAAAGAUAGAUAUGCUAAUUGGAGCUGCAGGGGGCUCCAGAAUACCGACAGCAAUUUUCCAAACGCUUGUAAGAACAUAUUUUUACGGGAUGGACAUUCUCGAAGCCCUCGCAUUUCCCCGGCUCCACCAUCAGCUCAUUCCAGAGAUUCUUUAUAUAGAGAGUCCUUCAAACUCGACAUUAGAGAAUGCAAUGCUGAAUCGGGGUCACAAGGUGGAAAUCGUCGGCCAUCUUACUGCAAUGAAUGCUAUCCGGUUAAAGAACAACACAAUAUAUGCUCAGAGUGAUUAUUGGAGAAAGCUUGGCCGGGCAGCUGGAUACUAA